AUGCAUCGUCUUUUUGCUGUGCUGGAGCCAUCUUUAACCGUCACAGAGCAAAACCUGGCAGACCAAGUUCAGUAUAUCUUGCGCUCAAAUAUAUUUGAUGUCGCCGAACUCGAACGACUACGACGUGAGGCUGUUCCCUCAUCGGAUGAAAAUGCUACGGCUGAGGAUGCGGCGCCACGAAUUGCAGAGCAACCCGCAAACGUGGAUGCCGCCGUGAAUCCGAUGAUGGAACAGUCACCCAGGAACUGGAAUUAG